GAAGCGGGCAAUCUAUUGACUUAUUGGUGCAUUUCGUAUUCGGUUGAGCUUGUUAGACGGACUCUUGAUACAUGUGAUGUGAAUCAACAGUUGUCAAAAAAUAUCCUGAGAUGUGGCAUUUGAAAAGACAAGAUCGUGGGAGGGGGUGGUCUCUGGCAAUGGAAAAAGGCCAUGUGGUUGACACCGCAAUAUCUCGCUGGAGGAUUGCCCUUACUCCUUCACUUAUUCACGGCCUAUACCCCACCUCAUCGGUGUUUCAUUGAAGGGUGCGAUAUUGGAACGGACCUUCAAUUUGAUACAAGUUUCCUGGCUUUUUCCAUUCCCUCUGAUGACUCGUCAUCCACUUUCUUAAGGGAGUCAAUGGGCUACGAUGAGUGUUCCAUGUACCAGCGAUUGAAUGGAUCUUCUUUGGUUUGUUCAAAGGACCAGUUUUCAAAGGAGCCGAGCUCCUGUUCCAAAUUUGUGUAUGAUAGAUCCGAAUUUCCCGCCACGAUAACAACGGAAUUGGACCUCGUUUGUGAUCAAGUUCAAAGGAGACACUUCAUGGGUUCUGUCAUGAUGAUGGGCUUGACUCUGGGUAGCCUUUUGGGUGGUCCUAUAGGAGACAAAAUUGGACGCAAGAAGGCCAUGUUCAUUGGGAUCACCGUGGCUGUUCCCUGUGUUUUCCUGGGAGGAUUUACUACCAACUACGAAUUGUACAUCGUGCUCAGGCUUUUGGCUUGUACAACCAUAGUCUUCAGUUGGAUUUCAGCCCAUAACUUUCAAAUUGAAUAUUUCAGCAAAUCUUACCGAAGAGUCGCUCUGACUCUCAAUAACUUGACGAGCCAUAUCAUUGGUUUUACACUACCACUUUUAGCGUACUAUUUUCGCCAUUGGUCCACGCUCCACGUGGUUGUGGCUGUGACGUCGUCUUUGGCUAUUCCAACCUAUUUCGUGAUCCCAGAAUCCUAUCGAUGGUUAGCUACCAAUGGACGAUGGCAAGAAGCCGAAACAAUACUCAAAGAGAUGGCUCACACCAAUGGCAAAGUGAUCUCCGAAAAGGAUGCCCAAGCCAUUCGGACGGCCCUCCAGACGAUCUCACAAGAAGCAAAGGCCGCCAAAGAAGUUCAACUGACCGUGUAUGACAUGUUUGGCUCGCAUUUCUACCGGAAGACUCUCAUUCUGAUGGGACUAUGGAUCUCCGGGAUCCUCAGCUAUUACGCCUUAGCCUUGAACGUCGACGGCUUGGCCGGAGAUAUCUUUGUCAAUUACGUGGUGACCACUUUAGCCGAUAUUCCAGCUCAUUUAUCCGUGUUCCUCCUGGUUGACAGCUUAGGAAGACGCAAAUGCAUGGCAUCCUCAUUCAUUGGUUUGGGCAUUUCCUGCCUUCUCAUGGCGUUUGUGCCCAAGCAAAACUCAACCCUGAUCUUGCUUUUGUAUUUGGUGGGGAAAUAUUGCGCCUCGUUUGGAAUCAGUAUGUGUUGGUUGGUGACAUCCGAGCUCUAUCCAACCAAUUUGAGAAGUCAAGCUGUUGGAACAUGCUCCAUGGUUGCUAGAAUCUUUGGUAUGACAUCAUCGUUCAUCUCGGAAUUAGCUGUUAUCUGGUCACCUUUGCCAAUGUUGGUCAUGGGCGUUCCAUCCAUUUUGGCCGGUGUGUCCUCGCUACUUUUGCCAGAAACUACGGGAAAAGCUCUCCCUGAAACUUUGGAGGAAGCCAUGGAACUCGAUUACCCGAUGAAGGUCAUGCCAAAUUUGGUCUUGGACGAAUCCAUGAGCGAGAGCGAAGAAGAAUGUGUUGGGCUGCUGGACUCGAUGGAAGUGCACGAAAGCAUUGGUUGAGAAUACGAGAGGCUUUGCUUCAACUAUUUUCCGAUUCUUUGAGCACUGUGAUAUUCAAUUUAUUUAUCUUCUGAAUUAUUAAACCCUUUACAAGAUUGGAAA